AUGCCUGGUGGGUGUGUCUCACAUCAGCUCCACAGGCAGCUUCUGGUCGGGACUCAGGUGGUAGCUUCUGCUGGGGUCCAUGGCUCACUCCUCCUGAACCAAAUUAAGGAAGAGAAAGAACAAUUUCAGAAAGAAAAUGAACAACUUAAAAAAGCAAAUGACCAAAUUAAUGAAGAGACAGACCAAAUUAAAGAAGAGAAAGACCAAAUUAAGGAAGAGAAAGACCAAUUUAAAGAAGAGAAAGAACAACUUCAGAAAGAAAACGACCAAAUUAAGGGAGAGAAAGAAAAACGUCAGAAAGAAAAUGAACAACUUAAAAAAGCAAAUGAUCAAAUUAAGGAAGCAAAAGACCAAAUAAAGGAAGAGAAAGAACAACUUCAGAAAGAAAAUGAUGAGUGGAAGGUUCAUGUCCAGAUUGUGCAUAUAACUCUGGAUCCAGCCACAGCUCAUCCAAAUCUCAUCUUGUCUGAAGACAAAAGACAAGUAACCUGGGGAGAGAAACCUCAAGAUAUUCCUCAAGACCCACAGAGAUUUUCUUUCCUUCCCUGUGUUCUGGGUCAGCAGCCCAUCCCAUCAGGGAGGUGUUAUUGGGAGGUGGAAGUUGGGACCAAUGGGUUUUGGGACCUUGGGAUUUGUAGGAACAAUGUAAAGAGGAAAGAAAGGGUUGUCUUAAAACCUGAGGAUGGAUUCUGGGUCAUCAGAUUUUAUAAGAAUGAGUAUUGGGCACUCACAUCUCCAGAAACACAGCUUACUCAAAAGGAUCAUCCUAGAAAAGUGUGUGUUUUUCUAGAUUCUGAGGCUAGAUAUAUUUCAUUUUAUAAUAUGGUAGAUAAAACCCACAUUUAUACCUUUGAUCAGUGUGACUUCUAUGGGUCCUUAAGACCUCUCUUCAGACUUUGGGCUGAGAAUUCAGGAUGCCUGACUAUCUUGCCCCCAUCUGAAACAUAA